AUUACUCCUGUUGAUCUUCCCUUUUUCCAAUGGAAAGGUUAUGUUCGUGAUUCUUCAAAACCUAUAUUUCCAACUGUGGAUAUCUGCUUACAAAACUUUGAGAAAGUAUUGAGAACAUAUAGCCUAGAUCUUGAUAAAAACUGGUUUCGUCUGAUGCCAAUGUGUUUAAGUGGAGAACAAAAAAUGUGGUAUAACGAA